AUGACCAGUUCGUCAACAUCUUCUGCUCGUUUUCCUCGAUUCUCUACUCAUGGUGUGCCUACAAGAUGUUGGUGUGGCGAGGGCAUAACCACGUUUGGUUAUUCGACGGUGGAGAAUAGGUAUCGACGAUUCUACCGAUGCGAAAUCGCAAGAGAUAGAAAAACUGAGAAUCAUCUAUUUAAAUGGAUUGAUGAAGCUUUGAUUAAGGAGAUUCGGAUGGUGGAUGCGAAACAUGAGAGGGUUGCUCUAGGGAUUACGAAGUUUGAAGAAAGGGUUAUGGAAAAGCUUAAAGAGAAGGUAUACUUGGGGUUUGCUAGAGUUGCACAGGAGAUGAAACAGAAGCUAAAGAUAGCGACGGUGGCUAUGGUAGUUGUAGGAGCAAUCGUAGGAAUAUGGACUUCUCUUACUGUCUGA